UCACGAGACUCGUGUUUGCAUAAUGAUCAUAACAAAAACAAAUGUGAACUUGUAAGCAGGAUGGUCUGAAAUCUGUUACAAAAGAUCAAUUUUCCUUGACUUAUGAGUAAUUUAGAAGAAAAAGAAAGUAAACUACAAAUUGUGGAAUCUCAAGAGGAAGCGGAUAUAAAAGAGGAGCCUGGUACUAGUGGAAUGUCUGGUGAUCGACCUCAGAAGCGUGCAGGCCGUAGACCAGGUCGUCGUAGCUCCAAGAUGGAUGUUAGGGCCAAACUUGAACGAAGCAGACAAAGUGCACGAGAGUGUCGUGCGCGGAAGAAAUUACGGUAUCAGUACCUAGAAGACCUUGUCGCAAACAGAGAAAAGGCAGUUUUUGCCUUAAGGGAUGAGCUGGAAAUGUACAAGCAAUGGUGUAUACAGAUAGAUUCAGGGCUGAUGCCCAUGUCCCUACUCAGCAUAACAGAUAAUGGUAACAAAGAGCUGGGGCCAGGUGCGAAGAAAAGGCAACGGAUUGAUAAAACAUUCGAAAAUAGUGACAUCAUAACUUCGAUGACAUCAUCAAAUGCCAGUUCUAUCAUGAAAUCACAAUCUGCCAGUAUCAGCUUGGAACCAGAAGCUAUAAAUAGAUACAAGGGGAGUAACUCCAGUGCUAGUUUGUUUUCAAAGGGAGACAAUCUGUUUGAUCAUUCUAAAGAUUCAGCAGCAGAAGGCACUGAAUCUGACAUGGAUGAUCUUGAAUGGAGGCUAGAUGGUGAUAUCAUCAGCAUUGUACCAAAAUCAUUUAAAAAUCCAGUGUUAAAGGGAAGUAACUCUGUACUACCAACAAUUGUUGAAGAGGCAGAAACUUGACAUUUCUAGAGAAUAGAAAAUUUUGAAUUUUACAAAUGAAUGGAUGAUGUUAAA